AUGACUACAAAUGCCAUUAAUGCAUUUCCGGGCGGUAUCGUUCGCCUCGACUCACCCUCGAUACGAGCUAUUCGAGCGCCUCACAUUCCGGAUAAAACACUCAUCGAUCCACUUGUCAAGAUCUUUCCACACGCCCCGAUACUUCUCCUCUCCGCUCUCGCUGCGUGGCUCAUCAUUGACAUCUGGUCCGAAAAUGCUAUCAUUACCUCUCCCUCCUGUGGAAGAGAUGCGGAGCUCACUACUGAAGAUGUCUUGCAGUCACAACCAGCCGUGGACAUUUGGCCAGCAGCUUACAAGAUAUCCUCGCCAUUGCCUCCCAGCCUUGCACAAGUCGCGCCUUCACCAGAAGUGCAGGCGUACCUCGCCUAUGCGUGGGAUGCUACUUCCCCCAUGAGACAAAUCCCAAAUAAGGCACGUUCCCUGCUCGGAAUCAGCGACACAGCGGUACUCAAUGAGGGGCUGUUGAAGGCACACGAGGCUGGUUUGAUACGCCGACUACGCGUUAUCCGGCCAUCGAUCGGUGUCAUCGGACAGAAGCUUUUGGUAGCACUACGAGGAUCAUGGGACGAGGACUUAUGGAAGUGCCUGAAAGUCAUGGUUGAGGUUAUUGAAGAGAGCCCUGCUGGUCUGGGUUUCGAUGUUUGA